AUGCAGCUGGAGCAGUGCACGCUGCUGCCCAACACCAACGCCCGAGGAGCGACCAUCAGCAACAUGCAGCGCGGCUCGGUCACCGAAUGCUGCACAGAGUGCCAGGAGACCGACGGAUGCAACGUGUUUGUGUAUUGCCCCAAAGACGGCGGCUGCGACGAUGGGUCUGGCAGGGUGUACCCUCAGGGCCUGUGCACUCUCAAGUCCCAGCAGCUGGCGCCCGGGGAGCAGCCCGAGUACUUUGCCACAGGCCCAGUUGUGCCCUGGAGCAGCGGCUACAUCCCCGCCUGA